AUGUCAGAAAGCACCAAGUCAAGUGGUAAAAUAGAAGUUGAGGAUAUACAGCCAUAUCUGGAAAACUUAGGCAUUGAAUUAACAGACAGUGAAAGCCAGAUGAUAAAGAGCAUAAUUCCAGUCGAUGAUGACAACAUGGUGUAUCAAAAUGUGGUAAUGGACGUACUGCGGACUCACAGAAGUGGAAAAGUCAGUCUUGAUAAAAUUGAUGAUGCUCUUGAACAACUGGGAUAUCCUCUUGAGGAAGAAGAAAUAGAGGAAUUGUCUAAACAUCUGCCCGUUAAUCAUGAGAGGACAGUCCGCAUGGACCUGCUUCUGGAAGAGGUCCGUACGGUGUUAGGGGAAGAAAUUGACUUUAAUGACAUGGACAAUGUUCUUAAAAACAUUGGGUUAAGACUCCACUUAAAGGAGAACAAUGUAUUGAUGAAAGGCUUGCCAAUUGAUGCUGCUGGGAAGGUGUAUAAGCACAAACUGAUGGACGGCGUCUUGUCCCUCGAAGGAGCUAAGCUUGAUUUGAAAAAGUUAAAGAAUUUCAUGGAAAAUAUGGGUUAUGAUCUUGAGAAGAAUGAAUACGAAGACCUGAAAAGUUACCUGCCCAUUAAUGAUGAUGGAAUGGUUAAUAUGAAUGAGGUCAUAGACAAAGGGAGUCUUUUUACAGGUGAGAAGAUUGACCUUGUUGAGCUGGACGAUUACCUGGAAAGCAUAGGGAUAAAGCUCACAGAAGACAAGAUGAUGAAACUGCUGGGCAAACUGCCAACUGACGCUGGUGGAAAAUUGUACAAGAAAAGGUUGAUAAAAGAAUUGGAGAAUAUUGAAGGGAUAAAGAUACCUUCAAAUAAGGUGAAAGAUUUCAUUAAAAAUGCAGAAAUUAAUCUCGAUGAUGAAGACAUCCAGAUACUGAUGGAUCAUCUGCCAGUUGAUCAUAACAGGAAGGCUGAUUUCUGUGUGUUGAUGAAUGGAAUUAAAAGGAUUACAGGAGAAAAGAUUCAUGCAAAAGACAUCAAAAGUAUUCUGGAGAACAUGGGGAUAGAAAUGACAAAUAAAGAAAACAGAAAGCUGCUCAAAACUCUGCCCGUCUCUACCGACAAAACUCUGUUUAAGAAAGAAUUGCUGUCUGGUGUGAAGUCAUUCAAAGGAGGGAGAGUUAAUGUGCAUGAUGUGAAAAGUGUUCUUCAUAACACUGGUUUCAAGCUGGAAGCGAAAGAACUGAAGGACCUGCAGGCUCACCUGCCAGUGACUGAACAUGAAAAGGUAGAUCUGGAUGUGCUGAUGGAUGCAGCAAAGUCUUUCACAGGUGAGAGUUCAUGUAAGAUGCAGUCCCUGGAGCCUGAGACCCUGCUCUGGGUGGGAACUGCCUUUCUUUAG